AUGGCGACUGAAGAGCAUCAGAUCAAAGAUGAGCAACUUCCCCCUCAGGAAGAGGGCGGGGAUGACGAGGAGGAAAUUGCAGCAAUGAAGCGACGAGUGGCCGAGAUGGAAUCCGAGGCGGCCAAGCUGCGCGAGAUGCAGGCCACCCUCGACCAGCAGUCAGACAGCCUCCAAGAGAACAAAGAAGACAUCGAUGCCCGCAGCAUAUUUGUGGGCAAUGUAGACUAUGGUGCAUCACCUGAGGAGAUCCAAGCACACUUCCAAAGCUGCGGGUCUAUCAACCGUGUCACAAUUCUGUUGGACAAGUUUUCUGGCCAGCCCAAGGGCUAUGCUUAUGUCGAAUUUGCCGAGCCCAGCCUCGUGGCCCAGGCAUUAGUGCUGAAUGAGAGUGUGUUCCGCGGUCGCAACCUCAAGGUUGUCCCGAAGCGCACCAACCUGCCUGGAAUGACCCGUGGCCGGGGACGGGGUGGCUUCCGUGGCCGCGGCCGGGGCUUCCCUCCACGCGGCUACCGUGGUGGCUACCGAGGCCGGGGACGUGGCUAUGCACCGUACUAA